GCUUGGGAAAAAACCCGACUGGGGUUUAGUGCGGAGCGUGACUUGAAGGCUGUUUGUCCAGGCUUUGGGUUUCCCUGUGUAGUCUGCGCCGACCUUGAAUGCUGCCUGGCUUGUCCCACCCUCGUAAUGGCCAUCAGGCAGGAGCCAAGCGUUUCUCACGUCUUCAGUUCUCACCACCGACCUUUGAGGCUGAGAAAACUGAGAAGAUCCUGAGGGAGUUCCUCCAGUUCUAUGAGGACCAGUAUGGCGUCGCCCUCUUCAACAGCAUGCGCCAUGAGAUCGAAGGCACCGGGCUGCCGCAGGCACAACUGCUCUGGCGCAAGGUGCCGCUGGAGGAGCGCAUCGUCUUCUCGGGGAACCUCUUCCAGUACCAGGAGGACAAUAAGAAGUGGAGGAACCGCUUCAGCCUGGUGCCGCACAACUACGGGCUGGUGCUGUACGAGAACAAAGUGGCCUAUGAGCGGCAGGUCCCACCCCGUGCCAUCGUCAACAGUGCAGGCUACAAAGUCCUCACCUCCCUGGACCAGUACCUGGAGCUGAUUGGCAACUCUUUACCAGGGACCACGUCAAAGUCGGGUGGCACCCCCAUCUUCAAGUGCCCCACGCAGUUCCCACUCAUCCUCUGGCACCCUUAUGCACGACACUACUACUUCUGCAUGAUGACGGAAGCUGAGCAAGACAAGUGGCAGGCCGUGCUGCAGGACUGUGUCAGGCAUUGCAACAACGGCAUCCCCGAGGACUCCAAGGUGGAGGGUCCGGCCUUCACCGAUGCCAUCCGCAUGUACCGCCAGGCCAAGGAGCUAUACGGCACCUGGGAGAUGCUGUGCGGGAACGAGGUGCAGAUCCUGAGCAACCUGGUGAUGGAGGAGCUGGGCCCUGAGCUGAAGGCAGAGCUUGCACCGCGGCUGAAGGGAAAACUGCAGGAGCGGCAGCGACAGUGGAUCCAGAUCUCGGACUCCGCGUACCGCAUGGUGUACGAGCGGGUCAAGGUGCUCUUCGAGGAGACGCUGUCCAAGCUGCAACGUGCCCGGCCCGCCAUGGAGGCGACCAUCCGCACAGACAUGGACCAGAUCGUCACCUCCAAGGAGCACCUGGCCAGCAAGAUCCGCGCGUUCAUCCUGCCCAAGGCGGAAGUGUGUGUGCGGAAUCACGUCCAGCCCUAUAUCCCGUCCAUCCUGGAGGCCCUCAUGGUGCCCACCAGCCAGGGCUUCACCGAGGUGCGGGACAUCUUCUUCAAGGAGGUCACUGACAUGAACCUGAACGUGAUCAACGAGGGCGGCAUCGACAAGCUGGGCGAGUACAUGGAGAAGCUGUCCCAGCUGGCCUACCACCCCCUGAAGAUGCAGGGCUGCUAUGAGAAGAUGGAGCCGCUGCGGCUGGAUGGGCUGCAGCAGCGCUUCGACGUGUCCAGCACGUCCGUGUUCAAGCAGCGCGCCCAGAUCCUCAUGCGCGAGCAAAUGGACAACGCCGUGUACACCUUUGAGACUCUGCUGCACCAGGAGCUGGGGAAGGGGCCCACCCGGGAGGAGCUGUGCAAGUCCAUCCAGCGCAUCCUGGAGCGGGUGCUCAAGAAAUACGACUACGACAGCAGCACGGUGCGCAAGCGGUUCUUCCGGGAGGCGCUGCUGCAGAUCACCAUCCCCUUCCUGCUCAGGAAGCUGGCGCCCACCUGCAAGUCGGAGCUGCCCCGCUUCCAGGAGCUGAUCUUCGAGGACUUCGCCAGGUUCCUCCUGGUGGAGAACACUUACGAGGAGGUGGUGCUGCAGACCGUCAUGAAGGACAUCUUGCAGGCUGUGAAGGAGGCCGCGGUGCAGCGGAAGCACAACCUGUACCGGGACAGCGUGGUCAUGCACAACAGCGACCCCAACCUGCACCUGCUGGCUGAGAGCGCGCCCAUCGACUGGGGCGAGGAGUACAGCGACAGCGGCGACGGCAGCGGGGGCAGCCCCAGCCCCGGGGUUCCCCAAGUCACCACCCUUUCCGAGAAGCGCCGGCGUGCCAAGCAGGUGGUGUCCGUGGUCCAGGACGAGGAGGCGGAGCUGCCCUUUGAGGUGGGCUCCCCGGCGACCCCGGACAGUGUCACCGAGAUCCGCGGCCUGCUGUCCCAGGAUCUGCGGGCCCAG